AUGCGGAGGGAGGCGGAGCACCUCGAACUCAAGGUGAAGCAGGACGAGCUGCGCAAGAAGGCGCAGAAGUACACCGAGGCUCACGCGGAGAAUGCGCAGAUCGACGAGCAGAUGCUGGCGCUUCAAAACAGGAUCCGCUAUUUGAUGGACCAGGAGGCGCUGGCGGACAAGAACAUCGAGGACGCGCGCAAAAAGAAGGACGAGAUCGUGUCGCUGCGCGCCGAGCGAGCCGCGCACAUGUCGGACGACUACGAGCGCUACCUCGCCGAGUACCUCGCGGCGCACAAACACGCGCCAGACGCUGGCACCGAGGCACAGCUCGAGGCCGCGCAGGCCUCGGCCGCGGCGAGGGUCGCUGCGGACGAGGAGGCAGCGGCGCAGGUCGCAGUCGCCGCCCUGCGAGGCAAGCCCGCCGCACAGCCGCGGCCCGCCGCGGCGCGUGCAACCGCAGCCUCCGGCGCUGCAGUCGACGCCAGCGACUCGACUUCGUCCAUGCCCGCGGCGCUGCGUGCCCUGCGUAAGCCCCCCAAGGCCGCGGCCGGGCCGGGCGGGGCGAACCCAGCGAUGCCGCGGAGUUCCCGUGCCCCGACGGUGCCUGCGCCAUCCGCGGGUGGCGAGAAGCCGGCCCUGAAGCGCACGACGAGCGCGUCGUCGCGUGGCAGCGGCAAGGCGAGCGGGGCGUCCUCGCGGCGUAGCAGCGCGGGGUCGUCCCGGGGGAGUAAAGGCGAAAAGGCCGGGGGGGCGUACCGCGCUCCGCCCCCCGGGUCCGCGAAGGCGGCGUCGGCGAGCGCUGCGGCGAAGAAGGGCAAGGUCGGGCCGCGGAAGUCCGCCCCCGGGGCGCCGCCCGCGACGCCGGGGACGCCGGGUCCCUGGAGUCCCCCGGAGCACUUGGCCAACAUGUCCUUCUCCGAGGCUCUGGCCAUGCUGCGGACGUUUUGUCUGGACAUGCAAUGGGAGGACGACAAGGACACCGGCCCGCUGGUUUCGUCGGUGAUCGCGAGCCACGCGGCGGCAGGGAGCGGCGCGGCGGAGGGGCUGGUAGCCGGGGGGCUGGACCGCGUUGCGGAGCGGUGGGGCGGCGAAGAGAACCCGCUGGAGGACGCGCUCGCGGAGGCGCGCGGGCUCGGGGAGGCGUCGCUCCAGCGGCUGCGGGAGCACCAGCAGGACGCACCGCUGCACGCGUCGCACGUCGCCAGGGUGCUGGACGUUGGCGGGGCUGGGGCGUGGGGCUGA